AUGAAACUAUUAAACUCGCAGCUUGACAUUACCUUUGAAAACCCUGGCAAAGAUGAUGCUCUUGCCAAAUUCCAGGAUUCGUUUUCCUCCGGCCCAGUCUACUUCGAGCACUACAUUCGAUCUCCAGCUACAUUCACCAUCAAAGCGCCACUGCCGAUGAUCUUCAAAGGUAUAAACAUAAAGGCGUCGAAUUGUAUUCUAAAACUGGACAUUUCAUCCGAGGGAAAAGUGUUCAAAAACUUGUCGACUUUGACUUUUCGCGGAAGUGGCCAAAAUUACUCGUUGCACAAAAGUAACGAAAAGGUCUUCAAACCAAGGUGGACAUCUCAAAUCCUUCCAACGCGUUUUUCCUUCAAAUUCGUAAAACUAAGAUUUCGAUUCGUGAAAAUGCUCGCUGGAGGAGUCCUCGGACUGGAAGUGCUUCAAAUCUUUGGCGAUCGAUUCUCAGCAAAUUCAAUUUCUAUGAGAACUUUGGGUCGGCAAGUGGACUGGAAAAGCGAGCAAAAAUGUCCUGUUGAAGAUUCUAUUAGUGAAAAGCCCAAAAUCCGAGCCUUUUUUGGAAGUUACGAUAACGAAGAAAAGAAAGGUCCACCCAAAGAAAGCGAUGCUGAAGAAGAAGCUUCAACUUCUCAAAGUCUCAAAUUUCCCCAUCGAAUUCCAAUUUCCGAGCGCAAGCUUCCUCCCUGGGCGAUCGAUUCUGUCACCUGUUUACAAAUGGUUCACCCUGUUCUUCUCCCAUCUGGAUAUUGGGUCGAUAGAAGCACAUUGGAAAAGUGGAAGAAGGAAAGUCGCCUGUGGUCGCGUCCCCCGAGCGAUCCUUUCACUGGAAUCGAACUGCCAACUUUUGAAUUGCCCGUGGACGAAGCUCGACGGCAGCAGAUUUUUGACUUUGUACAUUCAAAUUCUUUCACUUUUUCAAAAUGA